CUUUCUGUGAAUCGAAAUGAAAGACUCCCUGCCCUAUGUGACGUUUUCUGGACUCCGCUUAUUGAAACUGGACUUGUUCAUCGUAGCGUGUACUCCGCUUUUUCUUGCAACACCGACGUCAUUUGAUGGCUUUUGCAUUUGAAACGCUUGUAUCGAUGGAGUCCAAGUGGCGCACUAACCGCCCGGAACCACCGACAUUGUACAUUUAGUCGUGUCUCAACGGGGUUCCAGUUUGUGUCAUUAAUAUGGACCAAUAUCAGUCGUCUCCUAAGGCCCCCUACUACAGUAGUCGCCAACCGGCAACAGGGUGCAUCACAGUCGCUUGGGUGCGGCUGACACGAGUGACGCCUGACUGGAGAAUUUAAAAGCAGUCGAGCCCGCCCGGUUGAUCCUUUUUGAGAGGCAACGGCGGAAGCCAUGAAGCUCGAGGCGAGGAGGAGCUGCGCGGCCCCGGCGAACGCAGCCGGAAGGUGCGCCCCGGAGCCGGUCAACAAUGGCGCGGGUGAGCCCGGCUGCCCCGAUCCGAGCUCCACGCUUAAAGCCAAAGUCACCAAGCAGAGCUCCAGGGAGAGCCUGCAGCGGAAAAACACGGAGUGCGAAGUGUACGACGACGGGACGAACACGUUUUUCUGGCGGGCCCACACCGUCACCGUUCUGUUCAUCCUGACGUGCGCGCUGGUGUACGUCACGCUCCUCGAGGAGACGCCGCAAGACACGGCCUUCAAUACAAAAAGGGGGAUUGUGGCCAGCAUCCUGGUUUUCCUUUGUUUUGGGGUCACACAAGCAAAAGAUGGACCCUUCACUCGACCGCAUCCAGCUUAUUGGCGCUUCUGGCUCUGUGUGACCGUCGUCUACGAGCUCUUCCUCAUUUUCAUCCUCUUUCAGACGGUGCAUGACGGGCGACAGUUCAUGAAGUACAUCGACCCCAAACUGGGCGUGCCCCUUCCCGAGCGAGACUAUGGAGGAAACUGCCUCAUCUACGAUCCGGGCAACACCACUGACCCUUUGCACAACCUCUGGGACAAGAUGGACGGCUUUGUCCCGGCUCACUUCCUGGGGUGGUAUAUCAAGACGCUGAUGAUUCGGGACUGGUGGAUGUGCAUGAUCAUUAGUGUCAUGUUUGAGUUCCUGGAGUACAGCCUGGAGCACCAGCUGCCCAACUUUUCUGAAUGCUGGUGGGAUCACUGGAUCAUGGAUGUGUUGCUGUGCAAUGGUCUGGGCAUCUACUGUGGCAUGAAGACGCUGGCCUGGUUGUCCAUGAAGCCGUAUCAGUGGCAGGGCCUUUGGAACAUUCCCACUUACAAGGGCAAGAUCAAACGAAUCGCCUUCCAGUUCACGCCGUACAGCUGGGUGAAAUUCGAGUGGAAGCCCGCGUCCAACCUUCGCCGCUGGCUCGCCGUGUUAGGCAUCAUAUUCAUGUUCUUGCUGGCCGAGCUGAACACCUUCUACCUGAAGUUUGUGCUGUGGAUGCCGCCGGAACAUUACCUGGUCCUGCUGCGACUGGUGUUUUUUGUCAACGUGGGGGGCGUGGCCAUGAGGGAGAUCUACGACUUCAUGGACGACCCGAAGUUCCACAAGAAGCUGGGCCAGCAGGCGUGGCUGGUGGCGGCCAUCACCGUCACCGAGUUCCUGAUCGUGCUCAAGUACGACCCCAACACCAUCAUGCUGCCCAUUCCCUUCUUCAUCACGCAGUGCUGGAUCCUGGGCCUCCUCGUCAUCCUCGUCUGGACGCUGUGGCGCUUCUUCAUCCGUGACAUCACCCUCCGCUACAAGGAGACGCGGCGGCGCAAGCAGGAGGACUCCGGCGACCGCGAGCGCCCCCUCGGCAACGGCGCCCCAUCGGGCCGCAGCAAACUUAACGGCGGCUCCGACGCCCUCCGCCACAGGAAGUCCUGAGUGAACGAGAGAGCGUGGAAACAAGCGCGACGCAAAGACAGACGCCGCUUCCGCGGAGGAGAAGCACAGUGUCCGUUUUGAUUGUUGUUGUUUAUUUUUUUAUGCCUAUUCAGGUGUCAUACGUGGAACAUUUUGUUAUUUAUACGCCACAUUUUGGAAUGUUGACAAAGACGACGGAGGAGGAAGGAGACCAAAUAGUAGAGAGUCGGCAGUUCCUACAAAUGCAUCACUCUGAACCGCAGUGCGACAAACGGCGCCGACUUCACAGUUGGGAACGGUCGCGUAUCCGGCGCUGCAUUUUUUUUUUUUUUUUUGUCGGCGUCCGUAAGUAAAACAGUGUUUCCCAACAUUUGUUGAGUCAAGGCACAUAUUGUGUUGUCGGACCUGUUGUGACUUUGGCCGUUCGGUCCCUCGUUGGGAAUGCGGCAAGUUGUGCAAAGAGUAGUCAACCACUGAACAGUUUCAAAAGGUCAAAUUUGGUUCAUCUUGCAAAGGUUUGUUGGUUUUAUGUUUUUUUUGGUUCAGCGUAAGAUUUCCCCUGAAAUCCAAAUAUAUUUGUGAGUAGUGUAUUUGAAAGUACAGCUGGCUCAUUUCUCGAAUGUUUUUCCCAAUGUAAAAUCGAGCCGCUGAGAGCUAGAGUGGGCUAAUUAUGCCCUUUUGAAAGACAAGUGCAGAAAUCAAUUGUUGAUUUUUUUUUUUUAUUGCCCUUGUGCAUCUGCAUGUUCAUAAUAAGUUUUAUGUCUCAUCUUUCAUUGAAUAUUCAUAAAUUUGACCGGUAUUUGGUGUUUGGACUGAAACCAUUGGUCCACCAUCACCGUCCCAGCAAAAGGACCAAAAUGAAGGCAGCCCACUCUGCUUCUUAGUUCUUCAUUUUACACUGGGGGAGGGGGGAGAGGGGCAUGUUUCAGCCCACCGUCGUUCUUCUCAGUGGCUCAUUUUACAUUUGGAGAAUCUCAUGCCACACCACCAAAGAAAAAAAGUCCCAAGGAUAGGUGAACAAAAGAUUCACAACUGAUGCUCGCUGGUGGUACUUUCUUGUCUGACGUGAUCACUCCAGCUGAGCUUACACUCAAAAGUCCUUCAAUCACAUUUCAGAGUCGUGAUUCAAAACUCUUGCCAGGCUGAACUCCAAAAAUAAAAAGCUAGUGGAGGAGGGGGAGGAGAAAAAAGUAACUGCUGAAACAUGUAAGGCUAGUUUGCAUUGUAUCUUUUAGGGUCAAAUAUAGAUGUCGAAUAUUAGAUUGUACAGUGUUAGGUAUAAAGACACCACCGGGACAAUCGCGCUCUGCUCAGCAGUUGUGGAAGCUUGCUUUAAACAUAAAACCACAACAGGAAAAAAAAAAAACAAUUUUGGGAUUGGAAAAUGGCGGGGUUUGUUGAACUUUUUUCCGGUUCUGGCUUGUUUCUGUUUUGGAAAGUCCAUACGAAGCUAAUGAAGAAGGGGAAAUGCUCAUGAUUAUGUUUGGUGGGGGGGUUCUAACCUUUGUGCUGAGGUGUUCUUGGUUGUUGGGUUAGCAAGCAUAUUGGGCGGUGAUGUGGUCAGGCUUCACAAGUGCUCAACUUGAUCUCAAAGGUGUCCUGUUACUUGAAUCAACUAUUCAUGUCUGCUCAGUUCAAAGACCAAAAAAAGCUUGGAGAGCUUUCAUUGCUUAAGCCAUAAAACACAUUUGGACUUUUUCAAGUACCAACUAUUUGCACCUUAUUUAACUCCAGUUUUUUAAAUUUUGUGUUUACAUUCCAUAUCAAUGAGUCUUAAGUCUGGUUUUUUUUUCCAGUCAUGAUAGAAUUUGCAAUAAAUACCCUCUUUGCUAUUAAAAAAAAAAAACAUCUAAAUGCUUUCUGUAAGGUUGUCAUUUUGGAUUUAAGUUUAGAUACCAAAGUGUGAAAAACGAAAAGAAUCCGAGCUUGACAUAUCAGAAGCCAUUUUCUGUUUUGCUCUGUUUCCAUUUGUACCCUGGUCUGAGAACGCAACUUAACCUGGGACGUGCUGCUGUUAUGUUGUCAAUAAAAAUACACAGAACGCCUCGUA